AUGAGUAACGAGCUUAGUGGCAACACAGGCGCAGGCUCCCUGUUCGAAGGGAGGCAGUUCUGGCUGUCUCAGAAUGUCCCCCAGAGGACAAGGUUCAAAGAAUUAAUUCAGAAACACGGAGGCAUUAUAAGAUUGCAGGAAAAGGAUGCAGAUAUUAAGCUGGUUGACCAUACGAGGAAAAAUCUGCCACCUGACACAUACUCCUAUCGCUUUGUUGAGAACUCCAUCCGCCAUGGUAGGCUGGAAAACCUAGAACUCUACAGAGCUGGGCCAUCUCCCUCCCGACCAGUGGGAGCAACAAACAUCCCAACAAGGGGACAUAAAGUGCAAUACACCCUGGAAGACGAUCAGGCACUAUGGGACUGGAUGCAACCCUAUGAAAGAAACCCUAAAGCCCCUAUAAGGGGUAACAAGAUCUACGAGGAUUUCGCUGCUCAGGUAUUGUGCCACAAGCUCUACUGCCCCGAUAUUCGGUCGCCUUGUCUUACCAUCUCUCAUACAGAACCCCAGACAUACAUACCAGUCAUAUCGCGAUCGCCUGCCGAUAGCGGUAACCUUCAAUCUACCGGGGUGGAAACUCCUAUGCACAAGAGAAGGAUGAUAGAGAGCACUCCUAAGAGCACAACAUCUUCAAAGCCACGCCCUUCGGGGUCACCUGUCGCAACAACAUCGGUGGCUUCAACAUCCAAAACACCAUCGUCCACAAAUGCAAACACGAAGAGUACAAAGCAUGAGGAACCACUGAGUGAACCAAUCUCCUUGAAGGACGGAGACGCGACUGUCGACAGUUUCCUUCUGGAAUUACCUUUCUUACCAUCCAGCCCGGAGCCCGAAUCGGGAGAUGUUGACACAUGGGUGGACGACUGUCUUCGAACAGGCAAAGCACCCUUGGACACAAUCGUUGAUGCUCUGCGCUGCACUACUAUGGAUCCGCGACUAGCAGACAAAGUGCUAGGACACUUGCGUGCCGGCAAGGGCAUUCCAGAUGACAUUCCCGGUGUAUGGACCCAUGAGGAUGACAAAUGCCUGGAAGCAAAAGACGGCAGAAUGAUUGACAAGCUCAUAAAGAAGCAUGGCAACAAGAACUUUGACGAUAGGUGGGCAUACCUUCGACAAGCACGAGAGCAAGGAUUUGAGAAGCACACUGAUGAUUAA